UGACCCAUGACCAGAGCAUGUGCCACUGACAUUUCUCCUAUUUACCUGAGCUUGCUUUGCUGUUUGCAAAAAAAGUUCCUUCAUCUCCCUUGAUUUCUUUCAUUCUGAAGAAGAAAAACAUGGCUGAUGUGGGUUUGGCAUUUCUCUCUGCCUUCCUUGGAGUGGUAUUUAAUAAAAUGGCUUCUCCAGGUAUCGUUGAUUUCAUUCGUAGACAAAAAUCAACCGAAGAACUCUUAAAGAAGAUGGAGAGAUCAUUGCGGUCAAUGAAUAUGGUGCUCGAAGACGCGGAAGAAAAGGAAGUUAUGAACCCUGAUGUGAAAAUGUGGAUUGAUGACCUAAAAGAUGUUGCCUAUACUGCAGAAGACAUAUUGGAUGAGAUUGCUACCGUAACCCUCCGACGCCAGUUGCGUGCUGAUUUUAAACCCGUUGCAGGAAAGGUACAAAACCUCAUCUCUAGUACUUACCUUGAUCCUUUUGUCUAUCGGGUAGAGCCAAAGAUUCAAGAGGUACUUGUUACACUACAAGAUCUAACAACACAAAAAGAUUUAAUGGGUCUACAAUUAGGAGUUGGGGGAAAACAAUAUCCUGAAAGGUUGACCACUUCUUAUGUAGUAGAGUCCGACACUUUUGGUAGGGAUGAGGAUAAGAAAAAAGUAAUUGACUUAUUGCUUUCAUCUGAUGCGGGGGGAAAUGAAAUGUGCGUGAUUGCCAUCGUUGGCAUGGGGGGAAUCGGCAAGACUACCCUUGCGAAACUGGUAUACAAUGAAAGUAGGGUUCAACAACAUUUCGACCUUAAAAUAUGGUUUUGUGUUUCAGAAGAAUUUGUUAUGCCCAAUGUAGAGAAAUCUAUUAUAGAAGCAGCAACUUCGUUACCUUGUCCUAAAUUUGAGAAUCCUGAGCAGCUUCAAGUUACACUAAAGAAGAAUUUGAAUGGGAAGAAAUUUCUCCUUGUUUUGGAUGAUGUUUGGAGUGAGAAACCCAUUCAUCAGGAGUUCCUAAGCCAACUCUUGCACUAUGGGACUCGAGGAAGUAAGAUCCUAGUCACCACAAGGAAUGAAAGCGUUGCAUUGGCCAUGAAGGCAAUUGCAACUCAUCAUCUAAAACUAUUACCUAAGGAUGAUUGUUGGUCACUUUUUGAAAAACAUGCAUUUCGUGAUGGUAGCUCCAACGCAAAUCCAGAGAUAAAAGAAAUAGGUACAAAAAUUGUGAAAAAGUGCAAAGGUCUACCUUUAGCAAUCAAAGCCAUUGGCGAUCUCUUGUGGUCUGAAUCAAGUGUCGAGAGAUGGACUAAUAUAUUGAUGAGCAAUUUAUGGGAUCUUUCCAUGGAGGGGACAAACAUUCUUCCGGCUUUGAGGUUAAGUUACAAGUAUCUCCCCUCAUAUUUAAAAAGAUGCUUUGCUUAUUGUUCGAUAUUCCCAAAAGAUUAUAUUUUUAAAAAAGAUCAAUUAGUUUUAUUAUGGAUGGCAGAGGGUUUCUUAAUGCAACAAUCCAAAAUAGAAAUUACAAUGGAAGAAGUUGGCAAUCAUUACUUCGAUAAUCUUGUAUCAAGAUCAUUAUUUCAACAAUCACUGGAAACUAACUCAGGUUUUGUAAUGCAUGACCUUGUUAAUGACUUGGCAAAUUUCGUGACUGGGCAAUUUGGCUUUACGCGGUUGGGGGGUGAUAAUUCAAAAGAAAUUGGGAAGAUGACUCGCUAUUUAUCGUAUUUUGGUGGAAGUUUGGAUAACUUUAAGAACAUUAAAGAGGAUCUUUACAAUGCCAAGCAAUUGCGCACUUUCCUAGCAUUAGAUUGCCAAGCAGGGAGUAAAACCAAAAUGCCAAGGGCAUGGUGCUUAAAAGUUCUUUCUCUAUCCGGGGGAAGGGUAACUAAGUUGCUUGAUUCAAUUAGCCAAAUGAAACAUCUACGUUAUUUGGAUUUUUCUUUUACGGAUAUUAACAGGUUGCCCAAUUCCAUAUGUAUAUUGUGCAAUUUGCAAACAUUGAAGUUAUCAUAUUGUAGAAAUUUGGAUAGAUUGCCAAGAGAUAUGUGGAAACUCAUUAAUUUACGUCAUCUUGAAUUUGAUCAAAUUAACCAAUUAAAGGAGAUGCCGAAAAAAAUGGGAAGGUUAAAAUGUCUCCAGACGUUGACAAAAUUCGUCAUUAGCAAAGAUGACAGUGGGUCUAGUAUUGGAGAAUUGGGAAAACUAAUACAUCUUCGGGGGAAGCUUUUAAUUCAAAAGCUCCAAAAUGUUAGAUCAGUCAAGGAUGCUUUGGAUGCAAACUUGAAGGAUAAAAGUUACCUCGAGGAGUUGGUGUUAGAAUGGAAUCCUCAAAAAGCACUUGGUAUUUUAGAAAGUCAAAGAGAUGUACUUCAAAAUUUGCGGCCUCAUGAAAACUUGAAAAGUCUCACCAUCAAAUACUAUGGUGGGAAAGAAUUUCCAGAUUGGAUACUAGAGCUUCCUUCAUUGUCUAAAUUGAAAUUAAUUGAUUGCAAAUAUUGUUAUGCCUUGCUUUUGAUAGAUUUCCCAAUCCUUACCCAUAUGAAAAUAAUCGGAUGUGAUAAUUUGCAAUCUCUAGAAGGAUUGCGUGCCCCUAAGCUCGCAUUCUUUAUCCUCAACAAUUGUGAGAGCUUGAGGUCAAUUCCCGGUAAGAUGCAUCUAUUCCUUCCAUCUCUUCGUUAUUUGGAGUUAAUAAAUUGUCCAGAGGUUGAGUCGUUUCCAGAAGGGGGACUACCUUCCAAUUUGAAGCAAAUUGUGAUCUACAGGUGUAAGAAACUCAUUGCAAACUGGAAGGGAUGGGGUUUGCAAAUACUACCCUCUCUUGAAUGGUUGGAUAUUGGAGGUGAAUCAGAAAAUGUGGAAUCCUUUCCCGGAGAGUUGUUGCUGCCUACCACUCUGACCAAUCUUAAGAUCCUUUCAUUUGCAAAAUUGAAAUCAUUGGACAAUGAGGGGUUUCGACACCUCACCUCCCUGGUACAAUUGGUAAUUUGGGAUUGUCCAAAACUCGAGUACUUGCCAGAAGACGGCUUCCCUUCAUCCCUUCAUUAUUUACGGAUGGGAGACUGUCCGGUGCUGUUGAAAGAUUUGAAAAGUAAAAAAGGAAAAGAAUGGCUCAAGGUGGCUCGCGUCCGUGAAAUAUUUAUUAAUGGUGAUCACAUUCAAGGAAAUGAAUGGCCAGCUUAUUACAAAAGUCCGCAUGAACCACCGUAUGACUAGAUCUCCUGCCGAUCAUUGACAGCUUUCAGAAUGUAUAGGAUGAUCACUAUUAACAAGUUCUGGGUACAACUUUUCUUCCAUGUUUACUUAUAAUUCACACUAAUGAAUUACUUUUACUUCUAAAAAACAAAAUUCAGGAAAUUAAGGAGCACCUCGAAGAUCCUGACCACGUUUUUUCCCUUUCUUUCUACUAAUUGUUGCAUUUAUAUUUCAGUUUUAUCCUUCUGAGUUUGAUUUUCUCUUUGGUUUGGAUUCGCUCCCGUGAGUCAGUCUGAUGAUUCUUUGGUUGAAUUGCUUCAAAGUCAAGCAGACAUGGAUAUAACCUUUCAGGCACUGAAGGUAAAUUAUUAGUCCGGACUCCGGAGAUUGGUGAAGCUAUUAGUCAGUGCACUAUUGCACCGCUGGGCAAUGGGUGGAUCAACUAUGGCAAGCGGCUAAACAACAAGAAACCGAGAGGAAGAGUCAGCAAGCGAAGGAACCAGGGCUUGGUGGCGGUCUUGGGUGGUCGGCGACUGGAGAAACACGAUCGGCACGGGGUGACGGCGGUUCUGAACGUCGACCAGGCUAUGGUGGCUUGUUCUCCGGCGACUUCAGUGGCUGCAAGAGGUGGCGUCGAGGCCCUAAUGGUGGCAAGGAAAAGCUUAGAGUUUGGAGGAAAAGGGCUCCGUUUCUGGUGUCUAAAACAGGGGACUGUUUUGGACGUGGGCAUGGCCGUGGAGGCAGAGGACGAGUUAAUGGUUGAAUUGAUGGUUCUGCAUGGCUUCUUAACAUCCUUGAUGAUGACCAUACCUGCAGGAAUACUAAUUGGGUUCGGAUCAUCCACUUCUGGUACAACUUUAACGUGGGAAGUCGAAGACUUUCCUCGGAGAAGAGGAACUUCUUGUAUAGGUUCAGACUUCUUCCUUAACCUCCGUCCCUCCUUCAUUUCCUAGAUUGUGUAAUACCUCUUUACGAAAACUCUUGGUGGAGUUUUUCCUUCAAGUUUGCUCCAAUAAACCACAUCCAAGCCGUUUUCAUCAACGACGAACCCCUUAAAACCCCCAUCAAACCGCGUAGGCUCAUUGUGUGGCACAGCAGGCGGAACUUUAUUUAAAGCAGUACUCCUAUUCUCUCUUCUGCGUUUUGUAGCAGCACACCUAUUGAUCAGAAAGAAGAGUAACCCGGAAAGAACCAGAGUGCUGGCUGCGGUGGCGGCUACUGCCUUUACAAUCUUACUCCUGCUUGACGAAGAUGGUGGUGGGGGUACCGAUUGAGGUGAAAUUGGAAGAGGAGAUGGCUAUAGUCGUGGCUCUGGUGAAGAAGUGAAUGGAGGAUCGGAGGAAUAACUUGGUGCAGGUGCAGGAGAAGGAGCUUCAGAAGAAGGAUAGAAAGUCUCGAGAUUUUGGGGAGGACCGAAUUGGCAAUGGGAGAGAGGAAUGGAAGAAUAGAGAAAAGCAAAGAAAAGGAACACAGAGAGGCAUGGCUGAAGCAUCACAGCCAUGAUGUUUAGGAUCUGUCUGCAGGCGAUACAUAAAAACAGAAGAAUUUCUAUUUUUCUGUAAUUCUGGGGGGGAAUUGAAAGCUUAUUCUUUGUUUUGUCGUGUGCAUUUGGGAUUUGGUGGCUGACAAAUUCAAAAGAAAUUGUCGUUAGUUUUAUCCCAUUUAUGUUUCCUGGCCUUUACUUUGGCAAAAUGUGAUGCCAAAAAUUACAAUAUGAUAUCAUAUUGGGGAUGUUUGAAUUUA